CUUCCAUCACGGUCUGAGACUGGAAAUGUUUUUGGGGUGCAACGUAAACAUAAUCCAGGUUAUGGGCGCCCUCUGUUUAUAGGCCACCCAUCAUGUAAGAACACUCCUCCGAUAAGCCACAGGGCGUCAUCAAAAGAGACUAAAGACAGUGCUGAUAAUGACUCGUCAUUAAGAGACUCGAUUCCUGCAAUGACAAAGCCAGUAGCAAUUACAUGUCUCAUGCUGAACAUAUUACUUCCGGGCUUAGGUACAUUUACAGCGGGACUUACUGUAUUAUGUGGAAGCACAAUUAGAUUUAAAGACAUGACAGAACAGAAGAUCAUAUUUUCAAACACGUGGGUGGCGUUUUUACAAUUCAUUACAGCGUUCCUUUUCCUGCUUGGUUGGAUAUGGAGUAUAGUAUGGGGCGUGGCUUUCAUCACAAUAUCCAGUAAGUUAACAUUUUUAAGUUCUUAUUUCAUUGAUCACGUAAAUCUAUGAAUAUGUAUUUAGGAAAAAAAUAAACGUACUUCAGAUUACUCUUUUACAACUUGAUAUUAUUUGCGAGCUUCAUAUUAAUUUAUAUUUGAGAAGAGACAUACAAAUUCUUAUACUAUUGAUACUAUCUGAUCGUGUAAUAUGAAUGUAUAUUAGAAAAUGAAUAUACACGUAUAUAGUUAAAGAGGAGCUAUUUUUUCCCAUCAAAUAAC